UCGUACCCACAUUUGACGACGUCUUUCGAUGAUGAACAACAAACUCUAAAGAAGGGCUUCACCUUUUUCCUUUCCGCUAUAUUGAAAACCUAGGUACUGCUAACUCGUCUCCAUCUUCUAAUUUCUUCCUAUACUCAUCUGGAUUAACUCUUCAAUUUUUUGAGAAAUACUACCAGUCUACCACCUACGAAUCUAGCAUUGAGCAGUAUUAAACAUCAAUCAAUCUCUUUGUCUAUUUAAUACUGUAUAACUACCUAGUUGAUAAAAGUUCGGUAGCCUAACCACCAACCCGACCCGGCUUUGAUCCCGCCAUCCGGAUUCGUAUCUAAGACAUCCCAAUCUAAGAGACUGUUGUCUUGGCCCUAGCGUUUGGGAACAAAACAGCCUCCUGUCCAAAAAAACUGGUUUUAUCUUUCGGAAGUUUCAGACGAUCACACUUCCUCGAUCAAAAUAUCUGGAUAAAACCAAGCCCCAGCCUCUGCGCAACUUCGCAUAAGGCUCUGGUCUGACCGGCCACCGAAAACCCGCAAAAAUGGCGCGGCCUAACACCUACCUCGCGCCCCUAUCCCUAAUCUUCCUCGCCGGCUCCCUGGUUAUGCUCUUCUUCGUCAUCCUCUCCGCAGUCACCACCACGUCGCCUCUUAAGGACACUUACUUCCUUAGAGCCGACACAUCCGGAAUCACCGGAUCGCGCUCCGUCACCCAAUGGGCGUACUUCUACAUCUGCGGCGACGGCAACACCGAUUGCGGCCGCGCGACGCCCGCCCCGCCCCUAGGAUGGGCCUGGUCCGCCGACCCGUCUAACGCACCGGCUUCCGUCAUAGGAUCGCACGGCGGCCACACCACCAGUAAAUACUUCUACUACAUGUGGCGCUUCGGAUGGGUCUUCUACCUCAUCGCGCUCGUCUUCUCCGUCCUGGCUUUUUUCGCCGGCUUUGUCGCAUGCUGCGGCCGUCUAGGUUCCGCCAUCGCAGGCAUCGUUGCGCUCGCCGCCUUAUUCUUCCACACCAUCGCCGUGUCCCUAAUGACCGCCGUCUUCGUCAAGCUGCGCAAUGCGUUCAUGGCGGAUGGUCGCGACGCUACCCUAGGUCGGUACGCAUUCGGUUUCAGCUGGGGUAGUUGGACCGCGCUACUGAUCGCCGCGAUACUAUUCUUGGUCGGCAUGCGAGGUGGAGGUGACAGCGCUACCGGAGGUGGUCGUCGAUGGGGUCGCCAGAGGAGCGUGCGGAGUCGCCGGAGUUACGACAUGAACGGCAACGGUCGACGCGUGAAGGACGACUACUCUUGAACUUCGCAUCGCAAGUGAAAAGGGGAGACCUAGAAGCUGGCCUCGUUCACGAAUACGAGGAGGAACACGAAGAUUGCGAUUUUUCAUACACGAAAAUCCAUGACAUAAAAAAAUAAGCAGGCCCGGGGUGGUUUCUGCUAAUGCUUGCUCGGAGUAAUGGAUAAUGACGAUACUUCACGACCGGCGGAUACUAUUAAUGCCUACCGCGAGACCACACGAGAAGAAGAAAACUAGGGACAUGACGAGAGAGGAGAGGUGUGGAUGUGAAAUUUCGGCUGGGAUGGUUGUGGAUAACUAACUAAUAAUAACUACUACUGGAAACUACUUUUGUGAUACCAAACUUUGUAAUCUGCAGCCAGCUGCGUAUUCUACUACGCCUACUCGAUCGUUAUGGUAGUUUAGUUAGGAUGUAUGUAUGCGUGGUCUCUGACCUGAGCUUCUUUGGGGGGUUUGCGGUGGGUAAUAUACGAGGGAUGCUAUCCGCAAUGUGACCAUCUAGGUACCUAGUGCUUGUAAAUUAUUGUGAUAUUGUAGCUUGCUUGUAACUUCAUUAAGCUUUUC